CUUUUGGUUUAAACCCUUAUUUCCUUGGGAUUUUAUGCAAUUUAUCCUUUUGACUUUGAAAUGGGGCUUUCUUGGGUUUCUCGAUUCUUCUUUUUCUUUUUUGUUUCUUUUUUUUUCUUUUUUUUUUUUCUUUCUUUUUGGUUUUUCGUUUUCUUCCUUUUGAGAAAGACUUCUUUGAUCUUGUGAUUUGAUCAGGCCGAUUGCCUUGUGAUGGUCGUUAAUCCUUCUGCUUCCAAUUCUGUUUUGAUCCUUGCUUCCGGCUCUAUUUCGAUCCCUACUUUCGGUUUUGUUUUGAUUCUUGCUUCCGUUGGUUCUUGCGUUUUCUUUCUUCUUCUUCACCAUUUUUCUGUUUUGAUGGAGAGGAAUCCUUCAAAAUCUACUGUUAUGGCUCCAGUUGCUCGGGAUAUUGCUGAGAUGGGGGUGGAUCCCAUUGUCAAAGUUUUUCCCGUUCUUGCCUUUGUUGGUUCAAAAGUGAGCCUUUCUUCUUCCGAAUCCAAGUGUUUUGACAUUUUCCAUUUUCCUGGCUGGGACACUGCAUCCAAGAAUAACACCACCUUCAUCGCCUCAAUCCUUCUAUCUCUGGCUCCUCCAAACCUUCCCCUAAUUCCAACUGCCAAGAUCGUGAAAGGAGGCGAGACAGGGAACGCUGCUCGGAAUGAAGGCCUAACUCAAGGGUUCUGAGCCGGAAUUGACUGGAGGGAGCAGAGAAAGCUUGCUACCAAGAAUGUGAGAGAGAUGUAGUCCCUUGCUAAAUUGAUUGUGCUUGAUCACAUUUCUGAGUUUGAGAGCAUGGAUGUUGUUGUGUAGGUUUAAGCUGAUCCAAAGUUGAAGAAAGUUUAUGAUUAAGGUUCAAUGCAUGUUCCUUUGGGCAGAUCUCUGGUUGAAGUAGAGUAAGGAUUAGGCAGCUUUUGAGGAUGUAGAGGAUUCUGUUAUAGCUAUUCACAGUUGGAGUAGUUUUGUGAAUGCGGAGGUUCUUAAGGUUUAUGAUACUGGUUCCCAUUGUCUAUCUGUUUUCCGCAACUCAUUGGUAUUUUGGAUUCCCGCUGCUUGCAUGCUAAGGUUUGAUCUUAUUUAGAUACGAGAAAAAAGCAAAGCUAUGAAAAACCUGUGUUAUCAGUUUAAGAAUGCCAUGAUUUAUUAAAAAAGAAGAAAGAACUUAUCUCUUUUGCUGGUUUUGUCUUGCAUCGUCCAAUUCUGUUUAUUAGCAAUUGAAUGAGCUAGCUUCAAAGAUUUUGCUUUGAAAAGCUCUGUUUCUAACUUGAGUUUUGGUCUGAAAUUUGCAUUAACCUCUGUAGCGCAUCUUGCAUAGCUUUUGUCAGGGUAUUUAUGUACACCCAAAGCUUACUCGUCGCCUUUUGCUUGCGUAACUUUUGCUUGGGUAUUUAAGGUACACCCAAACUUGCUCACAGUUUUCUGCUUGUCUGUGUAACUUCUGCUUUGGUAUUUAAUGUACACCCAAACUUGCUCACAGCUUUUUGCUUGUCUGUGUAACUUCUGCUUGGGUACACCCAAACUUGUUCACAGCUUUUGCUUGUGUAACUUCUGUUUAGGUAUUUAAUGUACACCCAAACUUGCUCACAGCUUUUUGCUUGUCUGUGUAACUUCUGCUUGGGUAUUUAAUGUACACCAAACUUGCUCACAGCUUUUUGCUUGCUUAAGCUUCUUCUUCUAUUGUUUUGGCCAUAACUUCACAUGUAGAGGAUUUGAUGGUUGAUGUUAAGUUUGUGGAAACCUUACGCUCCAUGCAAACACAUCUUUAUAAUCUCUCAAACAUUCCUCCAAAUGUGUGGUAAACUCAAGAUCUAUAUCAGCUUUGAUAUUUGUUGUACUUUCAGGUUUCUCUGAGCCCAAUAUCGCAGGUUUCAUACAAUCAACAUGUUCUUUAUGC